AUGAAAUUGACGCUGUUGCUUGCUUUGUGUGUUUUAUUGGGAAGCUGUUGUCUAAGUAAUGCUCAAUAUGGCGGCGGCGGUGGGGGUCCGUAUGGCGGUGGCGGCGGUCCUUUAGGUGGUGGCGGCGGGGGUCCUAGUGGCGGAGGCGGUGGCCCGUAUGGCGGCGGUGGCGGUGGUCCUUACGGCGGUGGUGGUGGUCCUUAUGGCGGCGGCGGUGGUGGCCCCUAUGGUGGUGGUGGCGGUAAUCGCCGCGGUGGUGGUUAUUAA